ACUGGUACGUGACUGUCGCAGUCGCUAUACUCUCGUAUAGCGUAUCGAGCGUACGCGACCUAUUCGGAGUGAUCGGAACAGCGAUCGAUCGUUGGACCGUUCGACCGUUCGACCGUUCGACCGUUCGACCGUUCACCGUGUCUCGUGUGUCGAGUCAGUCGAGUGUCGAGUCUGUCGAGAGCGAGUUCAGCGAGCCUGAAGCCCGAAGCAACCGGAGGAUUAGUGCGCUGUCGACGCUACACGAUCGCGUUGAUCGAUCUUCUCGGCUCGGCUCGGUCCGGCGGUCACUCGACUCCGGUCAGCUCCGGUUUACUUGCAGUUAAGUUAACUCAUUGUCAGUACCGACCGACGAAAUCGAGAGUCGCGCGAAGUCGCGCGAGGAACGAACGGCGCGCUCACGCUGACGGUUACGUCGCGAUUUAAAUUUAUUUAAAUUGAAUCGCUGAGAUAGCUGAGAUAGCUUGGAAUUCUUCGAUUGUGCUCGCAGCUCGCAGAUCGAUCGGCACGCGUCUAUGACUGAGAGCGUAUUUGUGAACGUAUGAAUGCUUGCUCCGUGCGACGUAUCAUCCAGUGCUUUCUAUAUAUAUAUAUAGUAUAGAACCUAGUUCGAUGACGAUGAUGAUAAUCGACGUUUGAUCGAGGAGGACGGGGAGCAGCAUUAUAUAUGAUGCGACGGCGGCUACAAUGAACGUUCCGAUCGUGGCAGGGGACGUCGUCGACGAUGGCGGCUUCGGUCGGCCGCGAUUCGUUCGGGGUUCGGAUCCGAGGGUAGCGACCUGUAGAGGAAAGCUGCAGAACAAGCGAAGUAAGCUCAAUCAAGAGAUCAACAAGGAGCUACGGUUGCGAGCGGGCGCUGAGAAUCUUUUUAAGGCGACGACCAACAGAAAAUUGAAAGAGACCGUCGCAUUGGAGUUAAGCUUUGUCAACUCGAAUCUGCAGUUAUUGAAGGAACAGCUUGCUGAGUUGAACAGUUCAGUGGAAUUGUAUCAAAAUGUCGAUGGCGCUGAGCCUGUUAUGCCGAUGAUACCAUUGGGACUCAAAGAGACCAAAGACAUUGAUUUUCGGGAUCCGUUUAAAGAUUUCAUCUUGGAGCAUUAUAGCGAAGAUGGGGAAAACUAUGAAGAAGCUAUAGCUGACUUGAUGGAAACCAGACAGGCUACAAGGACACCGACCAGAGAUUCAGCAGGCAUUGCGUUACUCCUGCGUUAUUAUAAUCAGCUUUAUUUCAUAGAGAGACGUUUCUUUCCACCUGAUAGAAGUCUUGGCAUCUAUUUUGAAUGGUUUGAUUCGUUGACAGGAGUGCCGAGUUGUCAACGAACAGUUGCCUUCGAAAAGGCAUCCAUUCUUUUUAAUGCCGGUGCACUUUAUACGCAACUGGCUGCCAAGCAGGAUCGUCUGACCGCUCGAGGACUUGACCAAGCAGUCGACGCUUUUCUCAGAGCGGCUGGCACCUUUCGGUAUAUCCAUGAGAAUUUCACAAAUGCACCAAGUAUGGAUUUGGGCCCAGAUAUGCUGGAGAUGCUGGUACAGUUGAUGCUUGCUCAGGCAAGGGAGUGUCUCUUUGAAAAACUGGAGCUUCAAUCGAAGGACAGCAGAAACGUCGAUGUUUGUUUAGAUCUUGCUCAAGAGGCAGCUCAGGUUGCGGCGAUAUACAAUGACGUCCACGGAUUAAUAUCACGCGAGCCAGUUCGUGAUUACGUUCCGGAGACGUGGAUCUCGUUGAUACUAGUGAAGCGUGAACACCAUCUUGCCCUCGCUCACAAGCAUAUUGCUGUUGGUUUGCUGGACAGACCAAUCGCUGAAUUUCGCGUGGAAACAAAGCUCACGUUGGAGCAUAUUCAAAAGAGCGAUGGGAAAACUCAACUGGACGCAACUAUUCCCAGAGAUGACAACGAAAGGAAAUUAUUGGGCAAAGCACAUCUCAGAGAAGCUCUUGUUUUGCAUGACGAGAGUCAACGGCUCCAGAGAAUGUGCCGCGAACUGAAGGGUAAACAGGCUCUAGCGAAGGUUCUGAAAAAAGCUCAAGAAGCAACGCUUGAAAGUUAUAAUAGGUUCGGUAAUGAGGAUGAUUUUCGAGAACUUCUGGAUCCACCAGAUAUUAUCGCCUCGACAAAAUUUCAACUUAGUAUCACUCAUCCCGAUUUUGGGCAACACGGAGUGGACGACCUUUUCAAGUCGUUGGGACCUGUAGCGAUAUUUUCUGCCAAACGUCAUUGGACCGCGCCGCGAUUGAUACAACUUCAAAGAGGCCCUGACGGCGAAGGUUUUGGAUUUAGUGUACGAGGUGAUGCUCCGGUGAUAGUAGCAGCCGUCGAUCAUAAUUCACUAGCGGAUGUGGGCGGAAUGAAGGAAGGUGAUUUCAUAGUCGGCAUCGGCGAAAAAGAUGUUAAGUGGGCAUCCCACGAGCAAGUCGUGCGGAUGAUAAAACAAUGCGGUGACUUUAUAAAUUUGAAAUUAGUGACCCCAAUGGAUAGGAAUUAUCUAAAGAAACCAGGAAAACCCAACAACCAUCACGAUAAGGGCAGCGUUUCAGCGAGCAGCUCUUCUGGAGUUUCUUCCGGUCAACCGAGCCCAGCGGGAUCCGUCACUACGGCGCACGUAGUGAGAAGGCUUCCGUGGAAUCCAUUUAAAAAAUGUGGCAUCCAACGCGAGAACAGGGAUCUAACCUUCGACAAUGUUAUUCUCAGAUGAUUACCGGAUUAGAGAUGGACCAGUUAUCAUACAUUAUCGUAUGAGCUUAACACAUGCUACGAUGAAAUAAAAAUCGAUCAAAAUUCACCGAUUGCCAAAAUUAAAUGUUGUUUGGUAUAAAUAACAAUUCACUAUGUCAAAAUUUCAUAUCAAUACCGAUGAUAUUCCAUGUUAAACACUAUAAAUAUGUUUAUGUGUAAGAGGCUUUCUACAAUAAGCAAUUACUUAAGCUUUAAGUCU